CCCAGCGCCCUUCCCUGUUCCAAGCGAAUGGAAGCGGCCUUGAGGGGAACUCCCAGCACGUGAUCCACGUUUGAAAAAAGCGCUCCAGGAGACGGGCGGGUGUGGCCCGGGCCCUGCCCACUGAGCUUCUUCUCCGGCUACACCUGGGCAGCCACAGCCCUAGCGCGGAGCCGAUGGGCUCCCUCCACAAUGUCCCAGGCCGAGAGGAGCGGCCUUCUGUGCUUGCGCAGGUUCCUUUGGAAGUUCUGCUCCUCCUGCGCGAAACGGAGGCCCCCCCGUCUGCGGGAAGGGGGCGGGACGAGGAUGGAGGCCUCCUGCUUAGAGCUGGCCUUGGAAGGCGAGAGACUCUGUAAAGCUGGAGAUUUCAAAGCGGGGGCUGCCUUCUUUGAAGCUGCUGUCCAGGUGGGGACUGAGGAUCUGAAGACCCUCAGUGCGAUCUACAGUCAGCUGGGGAAUGCCUACUUCUACCUGAAAGAGUACUCAAAGGCUCUUGAGUAUCACAAGCAUGACCUCACCUUGGCCAGAACUAUUGGGGACCGCAUUGGGGAAGCCAAGGCCAGUGGCAACCUGGGAAAUACCCUCAAAAUCUUGGGCCGUUUUGAAGAAGCUGUUGUCUGCUGCCAGAGACACCUGGACAUUUCCCAGGAGCAGGGUGACAAGGUGGGGGAAGCAAGGGCCCUGUACAACAUCGGUAAUGUGUACCACGCCAAGGGGAAGCAGCUGUCCUGGAACUCUGCUCAGGACCCUGGCCACCUGCCCCUGGACGUCAGGGAGACGCUGCAGAAAGCCUCAGAGUUCUAUGAGCGGAACCUGUCUCUGGUGAAGGAGCUGGGAGACCGGGCUGCCCAGGGCCGGGCCUACGGGAAUCUCGGCAACACCCAGUACCUGCUGGGGAACUUUAGUGAAGCCAUCACUUUCCACAAGGAGAGACUUGCUAUUGCUAAGGAAUUUGGAGACAAAGCAGCUGAAAGGAGAGCAUACAGUAACCUAGGGAAUGCCCACAUCUUCCUGGGGAGAUUUGAUGUCUCAGCAGAGUACUACAAAAAGACCCUCCAGCUGUCCCGACAACUGAAGGACCAGGCCGUGGAGGCCCAGGCCUGCUACAGCCUCGGCAACACCUACACCCUUCUGCAGGACUAUGAGCGGGCGGUGGAGUACCACCUGCGACACCUGCUCAUCGCCCAAGAACUGGGGGACAGAGUGGGUGAAGGCCGAGCCUGCUGGAGUCUGGGAAAUGCUUAUGUGUCCCUAGGAAGUCAUGAACAAGCAAUGACCUUUGCCAAGAAGCAUCUGGAGAUUUCCCAUGAGAUUGGAGAUAGAAAUGGAGAGCUCACCGCCCGCAUGAACAUUGCCCAGCUCCAGCUGGCCCUUGGUGGGGAUGCCAAAACCAAGCCAGGGGAAAAGCCUCCCUACCCUGGCUAUGAGGCUCAAGGAGCCAGGCCUAAGAGGAUCCAGAGGCACAGUGUAGAGAGCCUGGAUUUAUUGAAGUUCCCUCUGGAAAAGAACCAGAACGGAGACAGCCACCACAUGGUAGAGCUGAAGAUGGCAGGCAAGGACUUCUUUUCCCUCUCGGUGAAAAGCCAGAAAUACCUUGAGGGUCCCCAAGAGGGGAGCAGCUUUCCCUUAGACAGCACCAAUGAUAUCCAAAUCCAGAUCCCCCAAACGAAAAUCCCUCGAGCCCCGUCUGAUGAGGAAUGUUUCUUUGACCUACUGAGUAAAUUUCAGAGCAACCGGAUGGAUGACCAGCGCUGUCCCCUGGAAGAGGGCCAAGCUGGGGCGGCUGAGGCUGACACCCCCACUCCCACCUUGGAGGAAAGAAUAUCUCACUCAUCUCUGAUGGCCUCCCCUCAGACCGAGGAGUUCUUUGACCUAAUUGCCAGCUCCCAGAGUCGCCGGCUGGAUGACCAGCGUGCCAGUGUGGGCAGCCUGCCGGGUCUUCGGAUCACCCAUAACAAUUUGGGCCACCUUCGUGGGGAGGGGGAUGCUCAGGAGCCCGGAGAUGAAUUCUUCAACAUGCUUAUCAAGUGCCAGUCCUCCAGAAUAGAUGACCAGCGCUGCGCCCCGCCCGAGACAGUGCCCCGGGGCCCGACCAUGCCCGAUGAGGAUUUCUUCAGCCUCAUACAGAGGGUCCAGGCCAAGCGCAUGGAUGAGCAGCGAGUGGAUCUUGCCUCUGGCCAGGAGGAGGAGGCAGCCAGCAUGCGGUCCGACACCGCGCAGCAGUGCCGGCCCAGUGCCAGCUAAGGGCCCUCCGCUGGACACCCCCGGGACAGGUGCAGCCCUGAGCCUCCCCUGGGAUCUGGGGGAAAAGGGAACUUGUCUUCCUCCUCCUGUGUCCAGGCUCUAGGGGAAACCCCCAACCAUGUGCAGAUCCUCAGGUUCCGGGGCGGGGCCGAGAAACCCCAGCGGACGUAUGGCUGAGCUUGACAAGGUCAUGACUAGGCACUGGAAGCCCAAAUGGAUGUGAACAGCCAGCCCUUCUCCCUACAGCCUCAGCAGGCAUUUCCUGCAGUCGGGGGGAGAUGUCUAGGGGGCUAGAAUCUUACACAGGAUGGUUGGUCCUCUUCAUCACCCUGUCAAGCCUAGAGAUCCCAGAUGCAGUCUGGUGGAAAACUGGGUCCCUCUUGUGCCGACGGCCCCGUCCCUGCUGCUUUCCCUGACCUGGUGCAUGAGCAGUUAAGAGGCAGGCAGAAGCUGCCCUGACAAAGCAGCCACAACUGGCCCUGACUCUGUGCCCAGCUAAUCCCCUUGUACCACUCUUUCCCCUCGGCCCAACCUCCAGUCUUCCCACUGAGACCAAACAAAGUGCAAUAGGAUCAGUCUCCUCUGAGCCAUCUGCGUCCCCUCAGAUCGUGGGCCCCUCUCUGUCCCCCCCAAGUGUGGCCCCUGGCAUGCCAGCAGCGGAGCUUCCCCAGGGAUUCCUUGACAAAGACCUUCUCCCGGGGAGCUGCAGAACUAGGGUGUGGCAGAUGGCACUUGUGCUGGGUGUGUGCCCACUGGGGGUUACUGGCUAAGCCACAGGGCAACCUUCAGGCACCCGUGCCAGCUCUGAACCAACAGCCAAAGGACCAGCCAGCCCAAAUCCAGACUCCUUCCCCCUCCCCGCCUCCGGUUGUCCGUUUCCCCAGCAACUAUUUGAAGUCCCCAGGAGCCAAAAGCAGCAAAAAGAGGGUCCCCUACAACAGGGUGGCACAAGGUGGUGGGCAGGAGCAGUGGGACAGAGGAGAGAUGUUCUUGGGAGGCCCUGAGCCUAGCAGUCCUGCCAGCUCGGAGUGAGGGACAGGCUAUGGACUGAUAGACCCUGACUAGGCCCUGGGUGACAGUCCCGAGGGCAGGAAGAAAAGACCAGUGCACCAUGUCUGUAGGGUCCUUAGAACACCUUCAGAAGUCUCCUUCCCUGGAGACUCCGGUUGGUUAGGACUGCUUCCUCCCCCACUGCUCUGAGCCUUCCUCCCCCAGGAGUGUGGAGCGCAGGGGUCCAGGCAGCCUGCACCCAAAGGGCUGCUUAGCUCCUCAGUCCUGAGGCAAGAGCGGAACACAAAGGCAUUACAGGAGGAAGGGCUGCUUCUGACUUCAGUGACUUUUUAAGUUUGGGUACAUCACCAUCCACCCCAUUUAAACGUGGACCGGGUUAAAUGCAAGCACUGUUUUCGAAGUGUAGAAAUGCUAACGCAGCCGGGGCUUUGUUUGCUCAUUAUUCUGGUGUCCCUGGGCUUCUCUGACUUUCAAGGAUAUUUGCCUGUUGCCCAAACAUUUGGAAGGUCUAGGCUAACCAUGAACUUGGGCAUAAAAGGCUGAAAACCGAUUGAAUCUUUACCCCCUCUGUCCUGAGUUCCCAGAUCCUUUGGAAAAGUGAAUUCAGGCUGGGCUGUCUUAGUUCUCCCACAGUAACCCUGGCACUCCCCUCUUUCCAAAUCAGCAAGGUCAAGGAAGGAGAAAGGGUAGGGAUCCAGGAAAUGAACCAAAAUGUGCUUGUCCUCUCUGUCUCCAUGCAUAAUUUUUAAAGGGCAUUCUAACUUUCACCCUGAGUCAACAUUUGACCCUGAACCAACUUCCCACAUGCUCUCCAAUUGGAUAGUUUGGGAUUUUGACGGCAGCUUAGCACCCACCCCUCAAAGAUAAGGACAGCUGUAAUUGGUUAUUGGCCAAGGUCUUUAUGCUCCAAAACUUUUUUUUUUUUUUUUAUACAAACAGUGCCAACCAUUGUUUGACUCCCAGUAGAAGUAUUUACCUUGGGCCACUGACACCCAGAUUCUAUAAGAAUUCACCCAGGAUUUUUACAAAAGCAGCUGACUGGCUCUAGCUGCCCUGGACUAGUUAGGAAAGGCUGGAAUGACCUUUUCUCAGCUGACUUGCAAAGACCUUCCCAGUGACUGACACGAUGGAAUGAUGGUUCCUGGAGCUAUUCUUUCCCUUGGGCCAAGGUUUCCCUUGCUGUUUCUCUUCUCUACACCCCAUUCCCACUCUUACCCCCACUCCCCAGGUUUCAACCUCAUAGGCUAUGUCCUAUUAAUUGAAACUCGGGUAGAUAAGAGAAAAGGAGACAGCAGAAGAGCCACAUUUCUUUCCCUCAAAGCCAACAGUCCAAUUCCUGUCUUGGCUUUUCUGGCUUCCUCUCAAGGUCCUAGAUGAACAGUCUUAUCCACUAAAGGGAUAUAGUCAUUAUAAAGACAGUAAACCAUUUCACAACCAUUGUGUUAUUGUAUUCUCACAAAAGCCCUGGAAAGUUGGUAGGAGAGGCACCAAAAUAGCAGAAUUAAAAGAAAAUGUCUCAAGGUCAUACAGCAAAUUUGUAACAAAUUUGAACUCAUAUCCGCUGAUUGACAAUCCAUUCCUCUCUCUAUUAUCCCAAGAGAGCAGGCUUAGGUAAUACCUAAGAAUGGGCCUGACUUAUUGGCAAUCAAACCGUGAAUGAAAAGGACACUUUGAGGGACCAAGAGCAAAAAGUAAGAUUCCAGGCCAAAGUAGGAUGUAGAUCUACUUAAGCAGAAAAAAAAAAACUGAAACCAGAGAGGCUGGCUUUCAAAAAAGGGGGGGAGGGUGAAUAAUAAUAAUAAUAAUAAACCAAGUAAAACAUUAGUAAUUACCACAUACUUGAAUGUUCAAGCUUAUUUAUUUUUUACAUCUGCGUUGGUUGUGUUGUAAGUGGGCCAUUCCCAAUCCUGGAGGUACAUUUUGUUUUGUUUUCUCUAAAAAUAAAUAUUAAGAUCUGCCAAAUGAAUUAAUAUAUGUGUAAGUAUGUAAUUAAAGCCUUGGGGAUUUUGUGCAUAAUAAAAGAUUUUUGUGGUUUAACCUG